AUGGAAUUGAUCGCAAAUUUCUUCUCGUGUUGUGCGAAAGAUGGCGACCAGAAACCCACACUUUUCACCUCCCCACGGGGGGAAUGCACAUUGACACUUGAGGAUGUCCAUAUGUUAUUGGGUCUCCGUGUCGAUGGGUCAGCGGUUGUGGGUGACACAAACGUUAACUAUGCAUUAGUAGAAGAACUAUUAGGGGUGCCUUUGGAACGAGGUGAUAGGAAGGGGCAAAGCAUUAAAAUCACAUGGCUAAAAAGAAAUUAUAGUGCUUUGAACCUAACCAAUGAGUCUCCCGAGGAACACAAACUUUAUAAGACUAGAAUGUAUUUACUACUGCUUUUUGCAUGUUUUUUAUUUCCUGAUACUAAUGGUAAUACUAUUCAUCUUCAAUAUUUACCAUUAUUAGAAGAUUUAAAUGAAGUAAGUAGAUAUAGUUGGGGCGUUUCUACCUUAGCGCAUCUAUACAGAAAUUUGUGUAGAUGCGAAAUGAAAAAUGUGCAUAAUUUUGCUGGUUGUGGUGUUUUGAUUCAAGCUGGGGAUGGUCCAGAAUGCUCAGACUGUCGCCGAGCAACCCCAAUCCAUAUCACUUUCCAUACGCAACCAAGUGGUCUGCGUAUGGGAUGA